UCUGCAGCUGUGAAUGUCAGUCCCCACAGCGGUAUACUCUGCUAAAUGUCUGUUGUCUGUACAUAUGAGGACCCAUAUUAUUCGUUGCACAUCUGUGACAAUAUGGAUGAUGAUUCUAGAAAGGACAGGUUUACCAGGAAAAGCAAUCUCAUUCAGUAAAAAGGCAUGCCAGCUCAGUGCCUGUUGCUUUCAUUCACAAUGUGAAUUCAUCCUUCUGACGUAUUUUUUCACAAAGGAGCUUGGAGAACUCUGGAUAUAUCAGGGUGAAAAAAAAAAUUGCUUCUUCUUGUAAAAGCAUAAUAAAAGGCCAUGUUUUAAGGUUACUCUGAUUAUUAGCCUGCUAGAACCCUUCUUCCUAAAGGCCCACUCUCACAAGCUGCCACGGGAGGUAUUGUGUUGACUAAUACAACUUCAAGGUGAGAAGCAAAAAAGUUAUUCCCCUUGGUGUUUUGAAUGCUAUGCCUCCAUAGUGUAGAUUUAGGUAUGCAGCAUGCCAGGAUGUAAAGCUGUAGCGGAGACUGACUAAACUCUUAUUUGAAACUACUAAGGAAUUGCCUUUAUUCUGAUGCAAGGAGAAUGUAUUUUAGCUUGUUUAUUUCAUGCUAAGCUAACGUAGUAUUUACUACAGGGAAGUAAUCCACGUUCUGUCCUCAGAGGAAUUUAUUUGCCUAUUUUUCAACAGGAACCUUGUUGAAUUGCUGAAAAUUAAAAAAUUUCUUCAGAGGAACAUCAGAAUUUUGUACUCAAUAAAAACACAAGCCUUUAUAUCCAGAAGAGCAGGACAAGACAGUCCAUGCAGAGACCUCUUCCUAUCCAGGAUGAAAACAAAGGAUCAUUUUAACUGUCCAGAUCUACUGACUUUCUGUUUGCUUCUAAAGUCUCUGGAGGAUGAGGGUUAGAGCAUAUUUAAGAGAGGGGGUUGGGAUCUGGAUCAGAGUUUUGUGUAUUUAACACUGAGUUGGCUGCAGGGGAAGGGGCUUUUCUCAGUUUCUGUCUCAUCUCUUCCUAGAUCUGCGCAGUAAAUAGCGCAAAAUUCAGUGUCACAGACUCCACUUUUCUCUAUAGAAAGAACAGAAAGGGCAACAAAAGGAGAGUAACUUAGUAGCUUCUAUGCAUGGCUAUUGAAGGAAGGAAGAAGCCAGGCAUAAAAGUAAAAAAAUAAAUUGUGCUUGUAGGCACAUGGGAGAUUUCAAAGCUUGCUGUUGGUCCUCUCUUACCCCAUACUUGUUCUUAUCUCCCACUUGAAUGCUGAAACCAGUGCUCUUGUCCUCCUCAGUCUUCUGACUUUACACGUGGGGUCAUAUUAAUAUACCUUAAAGGCACUUAGUGUUAUGUCAAACCUAGCCAUCUUCUUGAUAUAUGCAAUUAAAAAGUAUUUACAAGUGGGGAGAUCUUCUGCAUAGUGUCUGAGGAAGUAGCUUUAAGUCAUAUGCUUGCAGAGUGCACCAUUUGUGGCAGAGUAGAACCAGGUCUUUUGGUUCCGAGUCUCUUCUUUAGCCACAAGAAUUUCCGUCCACCAGGCAUUUCUGCAAUGUUUGUAAACCGACAGUAGUUGAACAGCUUUCUUGAUUGCAUACGAGCUUUUUCUGUUAACUCUUUAGGCUCAGGCCAUCUCUUACCGUUGAAGAUGUUCAGUGUAUGUGCUUUCUAAGACUAUUGUCUUGGCAGCACUGUAAUGUGCUGGAAAUAUUACAGUCACAGUAAUCCUGGAAUUUGCAGAAGAUAAAUGGACUUGAAGGUACAUAAGUGGAAAGUUUAGGAGUGGUAUGUCCCCUGUACAUAAAGGUUAAAACUUGACAUUUUCUCUGUGCAAAAAUGAAUGAAAUAAGAAAUGUGUUUCAGCUAACAAUGGGAAAAAUUAUCUUUCUCAUUACAGAAUAGAAAAUAGUGUUUCUGUUAUUCAUAUUACAAUCAUGCUCUGUAACCUUGUCUGGGAAGUUGCAGUGAUACAUCGACUGGCAUUUCCAUGGCAAAUUAAAGAAGGAGUUGUCAUGUACUUUGCAAAGGAAUGUGGGCAGGCAGUGUAUCGUGCAGUUCCUUUACAUAUAAGUUUUAGAUUUCAAUGAUCCCUUCAGUACUGAAGUUAAGCCAAGAAUCCUGCUCAUGGGAUUGAGAAGAAGUGGGAAGUCUUCCAUUCAGAAAGUUGUCUUUCACAAAAUGUCACCAAAUGAGACCCUCUUCUUGGAGAGUACAAACAAGAUCUGCAGAGAGGAUGUUUCCAACAGCUCCUUUGUCAACUUUCAAAUAUGGGAUUUUCCUGGGCAAAUUGAUUUCUUUGAUCCUACAUUUGACUAUGAAAUGAUUUUCAGAGGCACUGGAGCACUGAUAUUUGUUAUUGAUUCUCAGGAUGAUUAUAUGGAAGCGUUAGCUCGGCUGCAUCUUACUGUAACCAGAGCCUAUAAAGUGAAUCCAGACAUCAACUUUGAAAUCUUUAUCCAUAAAGUGGAUGGCUUAUCUGAUGACCACAAGAUUGAAACGCAAAGAGAUAUUCACCAGAGGGCAAAUGAUGACCUUGCAGAUGCUGGAUUGGAGAAAAUUCACCUCAGCUUUUAUCUGACAAGCAUAUAUGAUCAUUCUAUAUUUGAAGCCUUUAGCAAAGUGGUACAGAAACUGAUUCCACAGCUCCCAACACUGGAAAACCUGCUUAACAUCUUUAUUUCAAAUUCUGGGAUUGAAAAAGCAUUUUUAUUUGAUGUAGUCAGUAAAAUCUAUAUUGCAACGGACAGUACUCCAGUGGAUAUGCAGACUUAUGAACUCUGCUGUGAUAUGAUAGAUGUUGUGAUUGACAUUUCUUGUAUAUAUGGGCUCAAAGAUGAUGGCACCGGGACUCCUUAUGACAAAGAAUCAAUGGCAAUCAUAAAACUGAACAAUACAACUGUCCUUUAUUUGAAAGAGGUGACAAAAUUCCUUGCUCUUGUUUGCUUUGUAAGAGAAGAAAGCUUUGAGAGAAAAGGAUUAAUAGACUACAAUUUCCAUUGUUUUCGAAAAGCCAUACAAGAGGUAUUUGAAGUACGAAUGAAAGUAGUGAGAUCUCGAAAACAUCAAAGCCACAUGCGAAAAAAUAAAAGACCCACCCCCAAUGGGACACCAAGAAUGCCACUGUAACUGAGGCCUACUGGUACAUGGAGAGCAAAGCUUUUCUUCAAGCUGAUGCGACUUCUGCAUCUCGUUGCACUGAGUGAAGAGGAAAACAAAUGGGACUGAUGUAUUAUAUCAAUUUUCCCUGACCCUUCAGAAAGCACUGUUUAAAUAUUUUUAUCCAAUCAUUUUUUUCAUAUAGUGAGCACUUUGAGCAAAAUGUUGUAUAUAUAAGCAUUGAGGUGAACACUUGUAAGAAUUUUCUUAAUAUAUGCUGUAAACCUUUUUCAUGCCAUAUUAAGAAAAAACAGCUGUGACAGAAAUACUGGGUACAUAAUUUGCACUUUUUCAUGUUUUUCUUGUGGAGUUGGACUUUGAUAAACUUAGUUUUUAUGGUGAUUUUGAUGCAUGUUGUCAGGUAAAAUGUAUGCUGUAGUUUAUUUACCUGCUACAAUCAAAUCGGUUAGUAAACAAUCAAGAAAACUUGAUAUAAUGCCUUUUAAAAUUUGUGACAGCUAAUACCUAACAUUCAGAUCUAAUUUCAUAUUUUUUCAAUUUGUAAACUGAAGAAUUAUUUUGAAGUAUGAUAGCAAUAAGCAUCUUGCCAGGGAUCAUAACUGGUAGGUAAAUAUUAGCUUUUAUAAAAAUGGCAUUUGGCCAAAUUUUACCCGGAGUUCUCCAUAACACUGGUAAUGCCCUCUGCUGGGUCUAUUUUUAUUCUUUACCUCAACGUAUACCACUAAAAUACCUUUCUAUAAAGAUAAUUGUUUUGUAAAAUGGCUCUAUGUUGCACUGGUAUUUUUAUAAGGCUCCAGAGGAGGGUGGUGUAUGUGAAAGGUUGAAUUUACAUUGCUAAGCUUGUUUUCAGAGUCUGUGCAUCUGCAAUUGAUGCAGUGAAGAAUCUAUAUGUGUUUUCAUCCUGCCAGUACAAAAACUUCAAAUGUACUGAUAGGAAAUCCUAAAGAUGUUUGCACUGUGUUCUGAUUCCCCUAAUAGAGGUACAUCUGUUACUGAAAUCAGAGAGACCUUUAAAAUGAGGACUGGAGAAUCUACCUGCUGUAGUAAUCAACAUACAUAAUUACUUUUUAUUUUAAUAGUGAUCGUGGGUGUAUUUGCCACAAGAUCAACCAGGACACCAGAGCACUUUCAAAUGUAAGAAGAAGUAAAACUUACCUUCUGAAUUCCACAUUCACUGGUUUUGUUUAAUUAAUGAUAUAAAAUUCUAGUUCCUAGUGGGAAGAACAGCUGUAGUGAGGGGAGCUACGCUUUGCCCAGUCAUCAGCUAAUCUGCCCCUAGCUGACACAGCUGUGGAGACAGAAGUGAGGAUUGAAUUUGAAAGCUUUCUUUUAACUAAGGCAAAGCAUAGUGCUGCAUCUUUAUUUAUGAUUCAAGAGCCCCUGGUGUUUGCUAGCUUCUCUUGAAAAUUAAGAGGGUUUUCGCCUAUGAUAAACAAGUCUAAAUUCAGUGAUGGUUUGAAUGCAAAUGCAAAGUUCCUGUAUGCUAUAUACGGCAUGUUGACAGAUCGUCAGGCUCUGGUGCUGCACUGAAUGCAUGAGCUAAAGAACCAGUUGGCACUGAAUGCAAAGGCUCUUUCUACCUGAGCAUCUGCCUAAAUAGAGACCAUGGUUUCUAGCCCUUUACUGCUGCCUGAUGCACAUGGCUUUGCUUAUUUAUCUUUCUGGAACAAAUUGGCUCUUUUGGCACUAGUCUAUUGAAUAUACAUG